AUAGUCUUGGUUCUCCAGGUAGUAAUUGUAUCACCCAAUUUCAUACAAAUGCCAUUAUGUUCCUGCAAUGCCAGUGUCUACAAUGAGCUGAGGAUAGAACACUGUCAAAGCUUGUUCUAAACCAGGGGUGUGUGGGGAAACACUACAACUCCCGGCAAGCCACGCGACUAAACCCUGCCUCAUCCUGGUUAUGACGUAUUUGGUCCCGUCGUGCCGUGCGGCUGUGCUCUCCUUUGGUUGACCCCGCCGCAGCCAUGCCGAUGAAGGGCCGGUUCCCGAUUCGCAGGACGCUGCAGUAUUUACAGAGCGGAGACAUCGUGUUCAAGACCAACGUGAAGGUCAUGACCGUGAAUUAUAACACGCACGGAGAGCUAGGGGAGGGCGCUAGGUGAGUGUGAGUGACCGCAGAAAGGACUGCAAGGGAGUGUGAGUGACAGGAGUGAGGACUGCAAGGGAGUGUGAGUGACCGGAGUAAGGACUGCAAGGGAGUGUGAGGACUGCAAGGGAGUGUGAGUGACCGGAGUAAGGACUGCAAGGGAGUGUGAGUGACCGGAGAAAGGACUGCAAGGGAGUGUGAGUGACCGGAGAAAGGACUGAGUGACCAAGGAGAAAGGACUGCACACCACAAAGAGAGUGUGAGUGACGGAGAAAGGACUGCACAAAGGAAUUAGCUGAGUGACCCGGAGGAGAAAGGACUGCAAAGGGAGUGAGUGACCGGAGGACUGCAAAGGGAGUGUAGUGACCGGAGAAAGGACUGCUGGGAGUGUGGUGACCGGAGAAAGGACUGCAAGGGGAGUGUAGUGACCGGAGACUGCAAGGAGGUGUGGUGACCGGAGUAAGGACUACAAGGGAGGUGUGAGUGAAGCCGAAUGGAGACACAAAGGGGAGUGUGAGUGACAGGAGUAAGGACUGCAAGAAAGGGUAUGGCUGAGUGACCGGAGUGAUAGGACUGCAAGGGAGUGUGGCAGUGACCGGGUAAGGACUGCAAGGGAGUGUGAGUGACCGGAGAAAGGACUGCAAGGGAGUGUGAGUGACCGGAGAAAGGACUGCAAGGGAGUGUGAGUGACCGGAGUAAGGACUGCAAGGGAGUGUGAGUGACCGGAGUAAGGACUGCAAGGGAGUGUGAGUGACCGGAGUAAGGACUGCAAGGGAGUGUGAGUGACGGGAGAAAGGACCGCAAGGGAGUGUGAGUGACGGGAGAAAGGACCGCAAGGGAGUGUGAGUGACGGGAGAAAGGACCGCAAGGGAGUGUGAGUGACGGGAGAAAGGACCGCAAGGGAGUGUGAGUGACGGGAGAAGGCUCCAGUUAAAUAAAUCUUUCUAUUUGCAGGAAGUUUGUGUUCUUCAACAUUCCACAAAUCCAAUACAAGAAUCCAUGGGUGCAGAUUGUAAUGUUUAAAAACAUGACUCCAUCACCUUUUCUAAAAUUUUAUUUAGGUAAGCAUGAAGUAUCAGAUUGUGUUUGUUUAACCCCUUAAGGACGGAACCAAAUGUACACGUUGUGAACGAAACAAAAUGUAAACAAAACCUGGCAUUUGCGCUACAUGUCUGUCCAACCAUAAUUCAACUCUUUCAUAGUAAAUGCACCCACCCUUAUUAUAUAUGAGUUUAUUCAGGGGAAUCAGGGCUUUCAUUUAAUAUCAAAUAUUUAGCUAUGAAACAUAAUUUAAUAUGAAAAAAAAUGGGAGAAAAUAAGAUUUUUCUUUUGAUUAUUUUUUUUUUUAGUUCUACAUGACAUUUUAACUGUCAAUGUCAUGAUACGGUUUGCUUUCACUGCAAUAAAAUACACUAUUGAAUUCAGCAAAGUCUCACGUGUAAAACAGUACCCCCUAUGUACAGGUUUUAUGGUGUUUUGGGAAGUUACAGGGUCAAAUAUAGCACGUUACAUUUGAAAUUGAAAUUCGCCGCAUUGGUUACGUUGCCUUUGGGACUUUAUAGUAGCCCAGGAAUAAAAUUUACACCCAUAAUGGCAUACCAUUUGCAAUAGUAGACAACCCAAGGUAUUGCAAAUGGGGUAUGUCCAGUCUUUUUAGUAGCCAUUUGGUCACAAACACUGGCCAAAGUUAGCAUUAGUAUUUGUUUGUGUGUGAAAAAUGCAAAAAACGCCAAUUUUGGCCAGUGUUUGUGACUAAGUGGCUACUAAAAAAGACUGGACAUACCCCGUUUGCAAUACCUUGGGUUGUCUACUAUUGCAAAUGGUAUGCCAUCAUAGGGGUAAUUUUCAUUCUUGGGCUACCAUAGGGUCUCAAAGGCACAGUAACCAAUCUGGCUAAUUUUAAUGUGAAAAAAAUUAAACGCAAGCCUUAUAUUUGACGCUGUAACUUUUGAAAACACCAUAAAACCUGUACUUGAGGGGUACUGUUGUACUCGGGAGACUUCGCUGAACACAAAUAUUUCUGUUUCAAAAGAGUAAAAAGUAUCACAGCAAUAAUAUCGUCCGUGUAACUGCUGUUAGUGCAUGAAAAAUGCAAAAAACUUCACUUUUACUGGCGAUAUCAUCAUUGUAAUACAUUUUACUGUUUUGAAACAUUAAUAUUUGUGUUCAGCGAAGUCUCCCGAGUAGAACAGUACCCCCCGUGUAAAGGUUUUAUGGUGUCUUGGAAAGUUAUAGGGUUAAAUAUAGUGCUAGCAAAUUAAAUUCCCUUUACUUUCGGCAUGGGAUGUCAGGCAUGUUCCGCUAAUUGUAAUUAAGAUACCUAAUUAUGUAAAAAUAUUACAUAAAUAUAUAUGUAGAAUUAAUAUAUGUGUGUAUGUAUGUAUGUAUGUGUAUAUAUAUAUAUAUAUAUAUAUAUAUAUAUAUGUAUGUAUGUGUAUAUAUAUAUAUAUAUAUAUAUAUAUAUAUAUAUAUAUAUAUGUAUGUGUGUAUAUAUAUAUAUAUAUAUAUAUAUAUAUAUAUGUGUGUGUGUGUGUAUCUGAAUCUAUGUGUGUGUAUGUAUAAUUUUUUAAAAAUAUUUUUAUUUAUAUAUAAGUAUAUAUUUAUGUAUGUAGAUAUAUAUAUUUCGUUCUAUGUGUAUUUUGAUAUAAAUAUAUAUAUUAAUAUCACAAUACAGUUAGAACGAAAUAACACACAUCUAUAUAGUUUAAUUAUUUUUUUAUUGUAUUUUUUAACGUAUUUACAUAUUUAAUUUUUUUAUAUUAUAUAUAAAUAUAUAUAACAAUAAUUAUAUAUAUAUAUAUAUUUAAUCAGUAUCAGUCUAGGUGUAAUUUGAGAUAUAUAUUUUACACUUUACUUUUUAAUUAAUUUUAUUUUCGGCCUGCAGGGGGACCACCUGUCAUUACAGGCAGCCCCGCUGCUGGCAAUACAGGAGACAGCUACCCCCGGCCAUGUGAUUGUGGGGUCCUCGCAAAGACCUCACUCUCACAUGGCCGGGGGGGCUUCCAGGGGGUCGGACGUGCCGCGGGGGGCUCCCUGGGAGUCCCCCUCACCGCAAUCGCCGGCGUGGGAUCGCCGGCGACCGGGUAAGUAAAGACCGACCGGAGGGCGUACAAUUACGCCCGGCGGCGUUUAGAGCCGCCUAAAAUAGGGCGUAAUUGUACGCCCUCCGGUCUUAAGGGGUUAAAUGACAUUUUCAAUAAAAGAAACAAAGUAAUAAUUUGAAUUUAAACACAAAGGUGACUAACCCUUUUUGACAGAUUCGUAGGAGGUACAGUGUUGUCAUUAAUGUACUUAAGGACUGGCUCCUUACCAGAUACAGACUGGGUUUAAAGGGACACUAUCUGCUUCAUCUCAUCAACAGCUGAUAGUGUUUUGGAAUCCCCUACUGCCAUAAUUUCAUUCAGCAUUAAAGUUUUACUGCUAAAUGAGAGUUCCCAGCAGCCCCUCCCCUCUGUGCUGUAUUUGCUAACGUUAAGUAUCGGCCUAAGCAGCAAUGGGAAGCUUUGAUCGGUUGAGAGCAUCAACUGAUUAUAUGAAGGGUAUCCCUGCAAGGAAGUAUUUAACUUCUGCCUACGCGUCAUACAAAGUGUAUUUUAAUAUUUAAGUACAUAUAUUAGUAUUAAAAUACACUUUGUAUGACGAUAUAUAUAUAUAUAUUUACAAUAAUAAUUUAAAAUAAAAUAUUGAAACAAAAUUUAAUAUAAAUUAUAUAUUCAUAUGUAAUUUCAUUCUAACUGUAUUUUGUUAUUAAUAUAUAUAUGUAACAAAAUACACUUAGAAUGACAUUCUAUAUAUAUCUAUAUAUAAAAUACAAAUAACCGCAAAAAAAAAAAUAAAAAAAAAAAAUAUAUAUAUAUAUAUAUAUAUAUAUAUAUCUCUCAAAAAGGAAGAGAUGCACUCUCAGGUCUUUGUAAAAAAACUCGAUAUUAUUUAAUAACAGGUAACAUACAUCUGAUCGACGUUUCAACCUCUUCAGGUCUUCCUCAAGAUCAAUAUACAACACAAAUAUAUAGGCAACAUAGGAGGAGUUACUCACCAAACAAACAGUGCACACCGGUUUCCAUUAGUCCGAACCCGGAAGUGUAAGUGAAGCGUCAUGUGACGUAUGGGCGUGGCCAUUACCAUGAUGUGGUUGCUAGGAAACGGGUAAACUAAACCCGAGCAAAUAUGUAGUGAACAUGAAACAGCUCGGAUUAGGUAGAGCAGUGUUUCCCAACCCAGUCCUCAAGGCACACCUACCAGUCCAGGAUUUAGGGAUUACAGGGUGUGUCUAAGGUGUUUUUACAAAGAAGAAAAAAAACACCUUAGACACAACUGGGUAAUCCCUAGAUCCUGGACUGGUAGGUGUGCCUUGAGGACUGGGUUGGGAAACACUGAGGUAGAGAAUUAUCUGUGCAAUGGAGUGAAAGGGCAUAAAGCCCUGUGAAUUAUACAGAACUAUAAUACCUACCAAGUAGCAUGAUAUAAACGCAAUACAGUGAUCACCACUAAUAGUGAGGACUCAAAGGUCCAUUUCUAUGAAAAAGACUAUAUUAAUAUUGAUCCAGUAUCUAAGAUACACCAAUUAAAGUGACCAUAUGUAUGUGAAUCUGAAGUAGUGUAAACAUGCACCCGGUAAAAACAAUACAAAAAAACAAAUGUAUAAUGCGUAACACAUACAAUUAAAUCAAGCAUAACAUGGACACAAAGUAUACAGAGUAUUAAAAUGAGAAUACUAUGUGGGAACUUUAAUUAGAGAAUCCUACAAAAUAGAUGAAGAUUAGGACAAAGGCUUAUAGCAUCUAAGGUUACUAGUUGGUCUCCCAUACAAGUACUAGCCAGGCCUGAGUCUGAAUAGCUUCUGAGAUCUGGCGAGAUCAAGCAUUUUCAGACUACGAUGGCCAUAGGUUCUAGGCAAGAGAGUAUGGACACUGGGUAUUCAAUGGUAAUCUAUAGGUAGUGGACUAAAACCACAUUCAAGACAGAACAGAGGAAAAAAAGGACUAAUCCAUAUACUCUGUAUAUCAUGUAAAUACACGGAAAUAAAUACUUCAAAUAACAACUGCAGAGUCUAUAGUAACAAGAAAACGGGUGUAGAGAUGCCAGUUAGGCUAAAUAAUCACUGAAAGUGAUUGGAAUACAGCCAUAUGAGGUAAUACUGAAAAUCUAUUGCAAUAUCAGUCACUGACCAUGUGAGGGAAAAAUGUACAGAAAUUGCAUACAGAAAAAAUAUAUAUAUACAGACUAUACAGAAAAAUGUAUACAAGAAAUAAAAUAAAAUAGAAUUACAAAACUACACUGCCAAAAUGGUAUAUGCCAGUGUCGGAGGACCUAAUUGAUCACUAUAACCAAGUCACUAGAGGUAAAUGGAGUCUAGAGAAAUAUCACCAAAAACAAAACAAACAAAAAAAAUAAAUAAAAUAUAUAUAUAUAUAUAUAUAUAUAUAUAUAUAUAAAAAAAUACCAGUAGCUCCUGCAUUCACGCUCAAAUUACCCUUGUUGCCCGGGUGCUAGCAAGUUAUAGCCAUCCAUACAAAAAUCCAACAAGUAGCUGCACUCACGGUAAAUAAAAAAUCUAAAUUUAUUGAAAAUAAGUUAAAACAUCCACGAUCAACGUUUCAGUCCUACAAGGACUUUCCUCAGGAUCAAAAAGUGUUUGUGACUAAGUGGCUACUAAAGACUAAACAUACCCCACUUUCAAUACCUUGGGUUGUCUACUUUUUCAAAUGUUAUGCCAUUAUGGGGGUAAUUCUCAUUCCUGGGCUACCACACCGUCUCAAAGGUAACAUUACUAAUCUGGCAAAUUUCAAUUUGAAAAUGGAACGUUCUAUAUUUGACCCUGUAACUUUCCAAAACAUCAUAAAACCCGUUAAUGGGGGGUACUGUUGUACUCGUGAGACAUCGCUGAUUGCAAAUAUGUGCAUUUUUUUGCAGUAAAACCUAACAGUAUUAUGACAUUAACAGCUAAAAUGUCAGACGGAAAAACAAAUUUUAAAAAAAUCUUAUUUUUUUUAAAUUUUAUUCAUAAUAAAUUAUGUUCCAUAUAUGAAUAGUUAAUGAUAAAUUAAAGCCCUGUUUCUCCUGAACAAAAUGAUAUAUAAUAAGUGUGGGUGCACUUAAUGUGACAGCGGUGAAUUACGGUUGAACAGACAUAUAGCGCAAACUCCAGUUUUUGUUUACGUUUUGUUUUGAUCAGAACGUGUACUAUUGACUCCGUCCUGAAGGGGUUAAGAAGAAUUAAAAAAAAAAAAAGUUUUGUAUAUAUGCAUUCAAUGAAAACAUGCAUCUUUUUUUUUAAUUGGAUGCCUUGGGGGUAUAUCUAAAAUAGCUUGCAAAAGCUGCAGUUCUCGUCUGAAAUCUUUGCAAGCCCUCCCCUUCUUCUCCAGCCCAUACCUUCUGUGGCUGUUCAGACGCCCCACUGCAGCGGAAUGAGAAGCCUUUGCCAGGGAUGUGCUCUGAGCAAUUGUCUGCCUCUUAAGUUUAGAUGUAUUAAAACUGUCUGUUUGUCAGUCAGGGGAGGUAUAACAAGGUUAAAGGAACACUAUAGUCACCUAAAUUACUUUAGCUAAAUAAAGCAGUUUUAGUGUAUAGGUCAUUCCCAUGCAAUUUCACUGUUCAAUUCACUGUCAUUUAGGAGUUAAAUCACUUUGUUUCUGUUUAUGCAGCCCUUGCCACACCUCCCCUGGCUAUGAUUGACAGAGCCUGCAUGAAAAAAAAAAACUGGUUUCACUUUCAAACAGAUGUGAUUUACCUUAAAUAAUUGUAUCUCAAUCUCUAAAUUGAACUUUAAUCACAUACAGGAGGCUCUUGCAGGGUCUAGCAAGCUAUUAACAUAGCAGGGGAUAAGAAAAUCUUAAUUAAACAGAACUUGCAAUAAAGAAAGCCUAAAUAGGGCUCUCUUUACAGGAAGUGUUUAUGGAAGGCUGUGCAAGUCACAUGCAGGGAGGUGUGACUAGGGUUCAUAAACAAAGGUAUUUAACUCCUAAAUGGCAGAGGAUUGAGCAGUGAGGCUGCAGGGGCAUGUUCUAUACACCAAAACUGCUUAAUUAAGCUAAAGUUGUUCAGGUGACUAUAGUGUCCCUUUAAUUUAUAAAAGUGACAAUUUCUAUAGAAAAAAAGACACUUUUCACACAUAAAGCACUUCAGGUUGCUGAAAUGUUUUAGGGGUCUGGAGUAUCCCUUUAAGGAAGGGUUGAAAUAGGACACAUCUUUAACCCCUUAAGGACCCAUGACAUGUGACAUGUCAUGAUUCCCUUUUAUUACAGAAGUUUGGUCCUUAAGGGGUUAAUGUCACCCUAUAAAUUGCCACAAAACCUGGCAAAUAUAUACAUGUGGGGUAUUGCUAAUAAAAGGCAAUAGCAGAAUAAAAAUCUGUUGCAAUAUUUACAGUUGCAGGGUUAAGGGUAGUGGGAGUUGGCACCCAGACCACUCCAAUGGGCAGAAGUGGUCUGGGUGCCUGGAGUGUCCCUUUAACGGAGUCUGUCCCACACAGGUGCCGCCAUCCUCUUCUGGCGGGUUCUCACAUGCACCUGGCACUAUAGCGCCAGGAGCCAACAUUCCUGCUGUACUCUUGAGCAUGCGCGAGAGUACAGCAUUGAAGUCUGUGGACAGAGCCAAUUCCCUGCAGCAGUCACUGGUGAUGGCUUGGGGAUAAACGCUUCUUUACAGCGGUAACUCCGUCCAGUGUUAAAUGUCAGACGUAGAUAAAAUACGAAGACAAAGUUUAUCCCUGCUUUGUCUCCGUAUGUAUUUUUACUGGGUUGGAAUUUCAGUGAAUUCCAACAGUUAGCAUGAGUAUCCUGCCCCUGCAUUCUUACUGUUCAAUUCUCUGCCAUUUAGGAGGUAAAUCACUUUGUUUAUACUGCCCAGUCACACCUCAUUGCAGGUGACUUGCAUAGCCUUCCUAAACACUUCCUGAAAAGGGACCUAGAUAUUUUAGGUUCCUGUAUUGCACAGUCUGUUUAAUCUAGAAUUUCUUAUCUCCUGCUGUUAAUAGCCUCAUAGACCCUUCAGGAGCCUCCAGUGUUAGAGCAGUAUACAGGGCAGUUGAAAAAUAAAAUUUCUAAAGCAAAGUAACAUCUGAUUUAAAAAAAAAAUGUAUGCAGGCUCUGUCGGUCACCAACAGGAGAGGUGUGACAGGGCUGCAUAAACAGAAAUAGGUGAUUUAAACUUCUAAAUGACAGAGAAUUGAGCAGUGAAACUGCAUGGGGCAUGAUCUAUACAUCCAAACUGCUUGAUUAAGCUAAAGCGUUUUUUUUUUGUUUUUUUUUUGUCAAUUAUUUUUUAUUCUUAAUCCACAAAAUUAUACAGGCAGUGCACAAUGUAGAGAAAAAGAAGUAACCAGGUUUAAGACCUCACAAUACAUUUGUGCCUAGCCACGGCAGUAGCAGUUUGAGCAUGAGGAUUAGGUUUUUACUAUAUUUUAUAAAAGUAGUAACAAGAUAUAUAAGCUGUUAAACCGUACCAACCGUUCCCCACAAGAGAUCGCUAGGUGGUUCAAAUAUUACAGAAUGGUGGGCUGGCGUUGUGUCCCUUGUCGUAGUAAGGACAUAAGCUGUGAGUGAACCCACUUAGUGGGUCCUCCAUGGCCGCCAUGCUGUGUUGCAUAGUGGCCUGUUUACUGCUAAUUGCUAUCAGCUCUUGUUCAACGCUAGUGAGGCGGACCUCGUGGGCAGCAGUUUGGAGUUCAGCGUCUUGGAGGCGCACCGACGGAGAGCCUUUAAAGUACCUUCUGUCACCUGUGGAUUGCCAGAUUUUAUUAGAGUUAAGUCAUCUCUCCGCUUUGCAUUAGGUGUCUCCUAUUCCCGCAUGACGACAUGGAGGGCCCGUCAGAGAGAGGCGCCGUAUUAGGCCUUGUGGGAUUCCGCGGUCUCCAUAAAAGAUCGCCAAUAUCAGCGGUUGUCAGAGGCUUAUCUGCCCUAUAUUUCUUGUUUUUGCAUCCCAUCAUAUGAGGUAGGGGAUGCUCACCCUUUGGGGGAAGUAUCGCUGGAAAAUCGGGUAGUAAUCGACACACGUCCAGUCAGUAUGGCUGCUGGCUCCGCACCCCCAAGCUAAAGCUGUGUUGAUACCUAUAAUAUCAAUUUAAAUGUAUUAAUAAGAUAUAGCUGAUUGUCUUUAGUUUCUUUAAUUAAAGCAACAUAGGUGUUGGCCAAAGUAUGUGUUAAUAACGGUGUCUUCUUUCUACAGACAGUGGAGAGCAAGUUUUGGUUGAUGUUGAAGAGAAAACCAACACAGAAAUUUUGCAGCACAUUAAGAAAAUAUUGGGAAAGACUGAGUAAGAGAAUACUGUAAUGAUGGAUUUAACCAGCAAGCUCUGUACUUGUUUGUCUUUUGAUUAUGUAGUUGGCAUAUGAAAAUAUUUUAGCUCUAAGUGCUAAUAGGGUGCUUAGGUCCUAAUCUUGUCUGGCUGUAUUUUUCUCAUUUACGUGCAAUCAAUUAAUAAUGGGCUAAAUGUAAUCCAGAAAACAUUUGUAUGUUUCUGCAACCCAUGCAUACUUCUGUUUUGUAACCUGUAGGUGUCAGUCUAGAGUAGGUUUACAUUCCAGACAUCUAUGGCAAUUCAGCUUGUUGCUUUAGAUGUAACUUUCCUAUCCUUGCAGCCUUAAAUGUACAAAAAUAUUAAUUGCACAAAAAAACCAAUUUUUUUUAUAAAUGUCCUUAUUUGCCGGAAUAAAUGCAUAUGUCUGGACAUACCCAAUGGUUUCUUAUUAACAGGCAGUCUUUUAUACUGUGCCUUUGUCAACACUAGUGCCAAAACAUCCUUUUUCCUCUGAACUCCAAAUAAAAGACUGCCUGUUAAUAAAAAACACUGAGUGUGCCCUGAUGUAUGUAGGUAUUCCAGUUGAUUCCUUUUGAGUUGGCCCUCCUGGUUUGGAGCACCCUGGUGGAAGUUUUCCCCUAGUGAGUGUGUAUUGUCUCUUAUACUCUGCAACCUGGGAAGGUACCUGCCUCAUUUGCUUGAAAUUCUAGUUUAAAGUCGAAGUUAGGGAAAUCAACAAGUCAAGCAGACGAACAUUCAACUGGGUCGCUAGUUGCUCAUAUACUACAUACCAUAUACUGAAUGGUCUGUUUUUAGUUUUGUUUAAGCGAAACUGACAUUGAGAAUUCUCAUCAUUUACAUUUUGUGUUAUUGUGGUAGAAUCCUUCUAUCCCUCAUGGGAAAGGUGUAACUGAAAAGCAUUAAAGGGACACUAUGCACUAAAACAACUUUACAAUACAUUAGUGAGACAUGUACAGACUUUGGACUCACUCCCAGGACCAGUAUUUGUGCACACUGCAUACUGGAUUGUUGUUACUCUUUGACAGCCUUAAAGGGCUCCUGUCAUGCCCAAAACUACCUUUGCCCUUUUUUAAAGAACAUAAAAAUCUUAUCUACACAUUGUUUUGCUAGAAAAUGUAUAGAUUAAGAGCAAACCUUAUUUAAAAAUAACUCUCCCACCUGUCAAUCAUUUCUUCAGCACAGACUAAAGAAUUGAUUGAUAAGUGAGAGCAGAAUCCCCCUGCUCUCCAUGUGACGCUGCUUGUGCUGGCUGGGGAGGUAUAGGAACAGAACAACUGGCACCACUCAGUUCAGAUAUUGGCAGUGAAGGCAACGUGACCGCGUCAUGGAGGUUUGCCUCUGUAACGAUAAUGCUGUACUGAAGCAUAGGGUGAAGUGAGUCACAACAGAUUUCUUUUAAAACAGAACUGAGCUUCACAUUAUUGCCUUGUUAUGGCAGUUUGACAUACAUAAAGCUGCAUGGACAGGGUUCUAGCACUUUAACUAGAUUAUUAAUCUGAAGUAUUUAUGGUACCAAGAAUGUUCGAUUUAAAGAAUUGUCUAGGCCAUGUUACAAAUCAGCUGUAUGUUUUUAUGGCUGAUGGGGAGACAAAAACUUGUUCUGGUAACUAGCACUGUAUAUGGCUGAGUUACCCAACUUCCCAUUUAAGAGAAAUGUUCUAGAGAAUUUUCACUCCCCAGAAAGGCACACUUAAAUAUUAUCUCCAAAUAACGGGCUGCCUUACAGGUGAUACUCGCAAAAAUUAGAAUAUCGUGCAAAAGUUCAUUUAUUUCAGUAAUGCAAUGUAGCUGUAAGCCAUAAUCAUCGCACUUAUGACAAAUCACGGCUUGAACUAUCUUGCUUUGCAUGUAAUGCGUCUAUCUCGUAUAUUAGUUUCCCCUUUUAUGUUGCAUUACUGAAAUAAAUGAACUUUUGCACGAUAUUCUAAUUUUUCGAGUAUUAUCUGUACUAUUGUGCCUUGUCUGUCUUUCCUCUAAAGCAAAUAAGUUAAUACAGAAAUAAUGCAGUCUUUUUAAUCUUUUUUUGUGUAAUGAAUUUUAUGAACAGUCUCUAUUAGAGAUAUUGCAAAGACGAUGGAGCCAGCUUAACCAUGGUGUUUUUCUCUCCCUUUCAGAGAGACUUUGAAAGCAGAGGAACAGGCAAAGAUGCGCAAGUCUAAUCCAGCCAACUUUGGGCCACAGAAGUACCACCUUCGAGAGUGCAUGUGUGAGGUGGAGGGGCAGGUUCCGUGUCCUGGAUUUGUCCCAUUGCCAAAGGAAAUGACUGGGAAGUACAAAGCCAAACUAAAAGAAGGCACAGAAGUGUGAGCCUCAAAUUUAACUGCACUGGUCACAGACCAGUAAAGGACUUGUAACUUCAAAGACUUACCUGGGAAUUCCCUUCCUCUUUCACAGAGUACAGAAACUUGCAGGUUGGUCAGAUUUAUCAUUGAAGUGUACUGUAUUUCUCGUACUGGCCAGAAACCAGCCCAGCAACAAACUGCUAAAGAAACCCAGAGCCUUUUGGGCAAAUCUAUGGUAUGGGAAUUCACAAUGACUAUUUUUUUUCUUUUCUCAAAAUGUUUUUGUAACGUUUAUUUAAAUUAAAUUGUACGGAUUGUAAUAUUAUAGUUAUUGUUUGGUUUUAUUCAGAUCCAAAAAGUUUCCUGACCCAUAUACACACCAGCCUUCUCUGAGGGGUUAAAUAUGCGAGAGAGUAAAGUAUGUCAUAUCUAGCCCAAGUAAUCUUACCGGUG